GAAAGGAUAUAAGCGUUUGAAAGAUACUCUGCACAUGGUGAUUCAGACACCGCCUUGAAUACAAGAAGCAAAACCCAAUGAAAUAAAUACGAGGUUCCACGCUCCUCCCAGACUCUCGGCUCUCCCGAGUCGCGUGUUGCUCAUUACACUUCAUUAGUACUAGAUUAGUGACGAUUAACUCGAGAGAGUGAGAGGAUCGAUGCACCUCUUCUUCGACGACGACGACGAUCGAACGCGCACCGCUCACACGCACACACCUACCACACGCACCGUCGUCAUCUUCAAGACCGAAGACCAACUUCUUCAGGAGGAAAAACUCUUUUCAAUUGAAAUUAACAAUAUAAAUUGAGCGAUGAACUCGUCGAGCGUCGACGCAAAUUCGCGUUCGGCGAAAUUGAAAUUCGGCAUCGAUAGGCUGCUGAGCUCUGAUAAACCUAGUGGUAAACAUCAUCUACAUCAACAUAGACACCUGGAGCAGUACGGAUACGCGAAGAACUCUUCAUCAUCAACAAACGUCGUCUCCAACAGUUCUGUGAUAGUGCCGUGCUCGGAUUGCGUUACGUCGAUGUUCAGGUGCUGCAGUUUGAGUCCUAGCAACCAUCACCAUCAUCACCAUCACCAGGACAACGGCAGCGCGUAUCCCGGAAUGCCGCCAGGAAGUGUAUACACGAUGCAGCCGAUCCGACCGUUCGCCACAAGACCAACAGUUCGAGUGCCUUUGCCGCCUUCUUCGCCGCCGACAGUGACGCAACCCAAUGGGAAACGGAAACGCUCCUGGUCCAGGGCCGUCUUCAGUAAUCUUCAGAGGAAGGGUCUGGAGAGGCGCUUUCAGCUGCAGAAGUACAUUACGAAGCCGGACAGACGUCAGCUGGCUGCAACCUUAGGACUCACCGACGCUCAGGUGAAGGUAUGGUUUCAGAACAGAAGGAUGAAGUGGCGUCACACCAAGGAGGCCGGUAAAGGCUCCAGCGAUAGCCCCGCCGAUUCGACGCAGGACGAGUUGCUCAUAGAUGUCGAUACCGUCUCUGAAAACGACUGACAGAUCACCCGUCUCGCACAGAAUGCCAUCGACAAACUGUACAAACGCCAAUCUUCCGCCAAGUCUUCUUCUCGAUUAAAUCUUAAAACUAAG